AUGAUAUCUGGACCCUUUAAUGUAAUUGAGCAUGUGUCUCCCUGUCAAUAUAUCAGGGAGUAUCCGGGGGCCAUUGAUACGGAGCAAGAAGGAACCCUUUAUCUAUCCGUCAAGCAGUAUGUCCCGAUCAACAACCCCAACCCGAAGCCAGGGGAUAUAACCAUUAUUGGUGCGCAUGCAAAUGGCUUCCCGAAGGAACUAUACGAGCCGCUCUGGGAAGAGUUGCAUUCGCGAGCAAAGAAGCAUAGUUUCCGAAUCAGAGGCAUUUGGAUUGCAGAUGCGGCCCAUCAGGGCAAGAGCGGAGUAUUGAAUGAGAAUCUUCUCGGCAAUGACCCUUCAUGGUUUGACCAUCCCAGAGACCUGUUACAUUUCAUCAACUUGAAGCGGGCAGAAAUGCCCCGUCCGAUCUUUGGUAUUGGCCACAGUAUGGGUGGGAACAACUUGUUUGUCGCCUCUGCAGCCUACCCUCUCUGCCUCCUCAAUUCCACUAACCUUUCACUCAGAAUCAACCUUGCCCUAAUGCACGCGAGACUCAUCACCUCCCUCAUCCUUAUGGAUCCCGUCGUCAGCCGUCUCGCAAUAACCCCCCAAGAACAUACCCUCCACACGAAAUCGAACAACGUCCCAGCCACAACUGCCGCCUCCACUUACCGGCGUGACAUCUGGCCCUCCCGCGCUGCCGCCGCAGAUGCCGCAAGGAAAAGCAAAUUCUACCAAACCUGGGACCCUCGUGUCCUUGACCUCUGGAUCCAGUACGGGUUUCGAGAACUACCCACUGCCCUCCACCCCCUCCCACCACCACCAUCAUCAUCAACCUCAACAACAACAACAACAACCCGCAACGCAAAACCGGUAACCCUCACCACCACCUUGCACCAAGAAGUCUUCACCUUCUCCCGGCCCAACUACAACGGCAACCCAACCAGUAGCCAUCCGGUAAACCGGAUGACGCAUCCCGACCUCCACCCAGCCAUCACAGCAGGGUACCCAUUUUACAGGCCCGAAGUGCCCCUGACCUUCGACCGGCUGCCUAACCUCCGCCCAUCCGUCCUAUACAUCUUCGCAGACAAGUCGGACAUGUGUCUGCCGCAGUCCUGCCAGGAUAAGCUUAACCAAACGGGCAUUGGUGUGGGAGGGAGCGGCGGGGUGGCGGAGGGCCGUGUCCAAUCUGUCUUGCUGAAUGAUGUGGGGCAUUUGAUACCGAUGGAAGCGGUAGGGGAGGCGGCUGAUCAUGCUGCUGGCUGGAUUGGGAAGGAGAUGGAGCGGUGGAGGGUGGAAGAGGAUGGGUUCAGGAGGAAGUGGGAGAAGAUGUCCAGGGUGGAAAAGAUUACGAUUGAUGAGAAGUGGAAAAGCUACAUCACGCCGCCGGCCAAGGGGAAGGGGAAGCUGGCUGUAGUGUCCAAGGCCGGGGCGAAGUUAUGA